AUGUAUGAUGCAAUACGCGAAGCCUUAUCAGUUAUAUCGGAGGUUAUAGCAAACACGCAUAGUGUCCCAUUACCACCACCGGUUAAUGAUGAUUGGAUAGAAACAGAACCCUCGUCAGGAGCAAACAACAAUCGUCGACCACACGCUUCUAGUAAUGUGUCUUUACCUGCUCUUUACCCUACUCCAUCGAGAGCUUUAACUCCUAAUAACAACAGUUCUAAUCCUUCCAGUCGUCCUAUACCAUCUAGACCUGCUCCAAAUUUACCCAUGCGCCAUACUUUGAACCCUCCGACAAUAGUGACUACAGCUCCUGGUCAACUUCCUACUCCGCUUCUCCCUCAUCGAAUGCCUCAGUACAAUAAUGGUUUUUCACAAAGUGCAAGUACUGGCCAUCUUCCGGGUACUAUAUCUUCAGGGGGUACUAAUAAUUCGAAUAUGUUAAAUAGUGUAACAAAUGGCUCAAAUCCAAAUACACCAUGGAUUGCUUUUGAUCCUCUUUUCAAUCAAUCACAGUCUGGAACAAUAGCUCCGCCGAUCCCUCCACCAAAACUUACUUCAUUAUCUGGUAAUCUUGGACAUCCAACUAUACCAGAACGUCCAGGUACUACUGGUAUGCCUCGCAUUCCCCCUCGGCCGACUUCAUAA